UUAAAAUGGCAUAAAAAGAAUAAAUUGAAUUUGAUAAAAAUUCAAUAGAUGAUGAAACGGAUUUUGUCCUUGAUAAAUUUGCAGAAGGAUAUCGUUUAGUAGAAAUUAAAGGAGUUGUUAAAAAUUAUAUAGAAGCUAGAUACUAAUAAUCAUUUAUGGCUAUUAGCAACAAUGACUAUAAAGUUUCUUAUUAUAUCUACAAAAAAUUGGAAAAAGUCUUAAUAAAAGCAUUAAAGAAUUUUAAUUAAGAACCUGAUUUGCUAACUGAAUAUUAAAAAGUUAUGGUAAAAUACUAGUUUAUAAUAGCCUUAUUUAUUAGAUGCCAAUUAAACAGUUUCAUCAAAUGAAAAAUUAAUGAUUCUUAAAUUACCAACAGAAGUUCAAGUUUACCAAAAAGUAGAAGACAUAGAUUUUUAUUACUUUCUACUAAAGUAUAUUAUAUAAACUCUUAAUAAUAUUGGAGUUAUAUUGAUGAGAAGAAAAAAAAUUAAAGAUGCUGAAAGUUAUUUAAUGAGAGCAUUAGCAGCAAGAAGUUAUGUGUUAGAGACUAAUGUUUCUUAAUUUUAGAUGGGAGUAUUAUUAGAAAAUUUGUGUUUUGUUUAAUUGAACAAAGAAGAUAAACAAGAUGCUAAACUAUUCAUGACUAAAGCAUUAUUAAUAUUCGAAUAAUUAUCAUAGCCAUAAUAUGAAAAUGUUGAAACAUGUAUAAAUUAUAAAAUUAUGCUAAAUUUGGUUGAGUAAUUAAAUUUUACCUAAUUUUUAGAAUUCUCUAUAAUUAGAAUGAGGAAUAAUUAUUAUAAUAGCCAAGAGAAAUUUAGAAGGAAAGAAUGAUCCAUUUACUUGCUAUAACAUAUAAUUAUUAUGGAGAAGUGUUUUAGUCAUUAAAUCUAAAAGAUUAAUAAAAAUUUUGUUAAGAAUAAUUUUAAUAUUUAUGCAAUUUAAUGGAAAAGUUGAAUCCAAGAAUAGCAGUAAAAUAGAAAAAAAUUAAGAAUAUUUAACCUUAGAAUAAAGUAGAAGUUGAUUAAUCAACUGUUGAAAUAGCUAAACAUAAAAUUAAUUAAGUUUAAGUUAAAGUAGACAAAGUUGAUAAUAAACCAAAUUAAGUAAACAGUGAAUUUUUAUAAAAAGAAAAAGAAUAACUUCCAUCUCAUGUUUCAAUAAAUUAAGUUCUUUUUUAAAACUAUAUGUAAAUUAUUAUUUCUAGAUUAGUUAAAUUCGAGUUUAAAGAUUUAAAGUUAUAAUUUUAUAAUUAGAAUUUUUUAUUUAGAUAAUUAUCUUUUCUAAGCCUUUGAAUAUAGAAAAAAGUCUUUAUAUUGUUGAAAAUGAUUUAACUGAUUAUCAAAAAAAACAUUAUCCUGAUUCAUUAAAAUCAGCUGAAUUAUUAUAUGAAUUUUUCAAGAUGUAAAUUAAUAAAAUAUUUUAAGUUUGAUUAAAUUACUUUACUUUUAAGAUAAUUAACUUCACAUUAAAGAAAUAAGACAUUUCCAAACCAUCGAAGAAUUCAAUACAUAAUUAAUUUGA